GGUGAAGAAAAAAAAAACAUAUAAAUCCCGCAUCCUCAACCCUUUCACUUCUGUCUUCGCUGUCUCAUUCACCUCGCCCUGUCUUCUUCAUUUUGGAUGCAGCUAUUGUUAUUCUCGUAGAGCUUCUAUAAAAAGUUCUAGAACUCCUGACCUUACCUAUACCCAAAACAAAAAAAAAAGUUUUCCAAUUCCAAGCAACCAACGCAACAAAAUCCACACUUCACCUGCUGAAGACCCAUUCCAACCACCCCAAAGUCUUCGCAUCUGCUACUUUGCUAUUCUUUGCAAUUUCAAUGAAUACGUAUCGUUAUUGAAAUUGCAAUCUUUGCAACCCAAGCCACAGUCAGUGUUAGGUACACUUGACUGCGAACACAAUUUCCCUAUCAGUACUUUAACAAUUCUCUAUGAGCACCAAAGAUCUACUACGCUUCCUUUCCAAACCAGCAAAGCCCAGAUAACACCAGCCACGCCCCCAAGCACUCAAACAAAUUCCAAUACUCAAAACUGCAGAUACUACUCGUCUGCUAGACCCGAUAUCUUUUCACGGUAUCGGCAUCUAUCAGAGCGAGCUCACCGAAUCCAACAUUCCUUCGGUUAAGGACUUUUUCAUCCCUCUUUGCACCCGACCCCCUUAACGUCUCCUACGUGACGUCUAUAUUCUGAAAAUCUUGCUGGCUUCGCCAGCACAUCUCAUAUCCCACGGUUCUGUGGGCCUUCUCUUCUCAGUCGAACACCGCAAGGUUCGUCUGGGUGGCAGAUAGUGCUUCACAGUACUUUGCCAAUUAGCAAAAGCACAAAUAUCCUAUCAUUACCAAACACAAAUCCAAUAUUACGUGCAUUAUCGCACCCUCACGUUAGAAAUGGUCAACCUCGAAAUCCCAUCCCAAUAUACAUUUUCACCUUCUGAAGCUACACCUCAGCUCACUAUCAAUCGCGAUGCUACUAUCGAUCUCGAUUCUAGCAAUGCUUUUGAAGGCCCAGAAAAGCUUCUAGAAGUUUGGUUUGCUCCCUCUCCAAAGGACUUGCCUAUUGGUGCUAAAGAAGAUGGACUCAAAUCCGUCUCAGCCGAAACAUGGACAGGAAUGCUAGAUCUUGUAAAUUGCAAGGUCUUGUCAGUCGUAGAGUCUGAGCACGUUGAUGCCUACCUUCUCUCUGAAUCUAGCAUGUUCGUUUUCCCUCACAAGCUUAUUCUCAAGACUUGCGGUACCACUACCUUAUUGCUUGGACUUCGUCGAAUGUUACGAAUUGCGGCCGUCCAUGCAGGUUUCCCGGCCCAAGAUUGUAAAUCUCCUGAGGACGUUAAAACUGCUGCCAAACCCUACCGAGUCUUUUACAGCCGAAAAAACUUCUUAUUCCCUGAGAAGCAGCAAGGUCCACAUCGUAGCUGGAAGGAUGAAGUCAAAUAUCUCGAUGACAUGUUCUUGGGUGGUAGCGCCUAUAUGGUUGGCAAGAUGAAUGGGGAUCACUGGUAUCUAUACUUGACUAAUCCUAAUACCGAUCUUACACCACCUCAAACCCCGGAUGCAGAAAGAUCGAUCACGGAGACUAAGGUCUUGAACAUGCCCAAUCAACCUUUUUCUUCCUUGGAUGGUGAUUCUUCCCAAGGACCAGAUGAAACCUUAGAGAUUCUCAUGACUGACCUUGAGCCAAACAAUGCCAAACAAUUCUAUCUUGAUCACGCAGUUGCAGCUGCGGAGACUAAGUAUGCCAGCCGGGCCAUUGCAGCGCGAAAGGAUGCAGAAGACAGUCUUGGUGAAUUGAGUCGAACCGAUUUGAGCAUCAGUGGUACAACAGCUGGAAGCACCAACACCGAUGAAACUUUCGACGUUUUUAGCAACACAUCUUCCGAUCACAACGGAGGUCUUGUCACACCGGAUGAUGAGGUUUCUUUCCCCGAAGAGCUUGGAACUGAGGGUCACGCUCUUGGUACGGUAGUCUCCGAAGCUUGCGGUCUAUCGGAUGUCUAUCCUACCUCGAAGUACCCUGAUGCACGUGUUGAUGCUUAUCUCUUCACUCCGUGUGGAUUCUCAGCCAAUGGAGUCAUUCCCGCUCCUGAUCAAGCAGGUGCUGCCACGCACUACUUCACGGUCCAUGUUACGCCUGAGCCUCAAUGCUCAUAUGCAUCAUUCGAGACCAAUGUUCCUGGCUGCCAAACUGGUCGUGAGACGGCUGACAUUAUCGAGCACGUUGUUGAUAUCUUCAAGCCAGGUCGUUUCAGUGUCACUCUGUUUGAAUCGAAGAACAAUUCAGCCGAAGGAAGAGAAUUGACAUUACUUGGUGAUUCUGCCUCGGCCAUGAAGAGUGCAGGCGCCGCUCGCUUGAGAAGUGCCAGAAUGGAAAACAUUCCCGGGUAUCGUAGAGUUGAUAGGAUCGUACACGACUUUGACGGCUACGACCUCGUCUUCCGUUAUUACGAGCAAGCUGGUUGGGAAGGUAAAGCUCCACGAUUGGGAGAGGUUGAUUAAAUUGCUGGGGGAUUGCACGACCUAUAAAUUGUUAUUUUUAUCACUGGUUUCAGUUCAAUGUUUAUUCUUUUCAUCUCUGGCUAGUCAAGGUGCUCAUUGGAGCCUACACGUCAACUAUCUUUACCCUAGCAACCGUCGACAUGCAUGCUGGCAUUGAACAAGUAUAUGAUUAUCUCUUAGCGCAAAAUGAAUAUACAACCUUUCACUCAGAAAUCAAGAAUCAGUAUGACACAUUAUGCACACCAGAAAAUCAAGCACAACAUUAGAUAGCAUGGCAUCUGUGGCAAAUGAAUGAACACCAAUAAUUAUGCA